GAAGCAGCAGAAGCAAAAGAAAGGCGCAGCUCGCAAAACCAAAGUCAAAACUUUUUCAAAUCCGAAUUUGUUGCAAAACUAAACUAAGUUAAACUUAUAAAACCCGACUGGGCAUUCUUUAGAGUCCGGGGAAGUCCCCACCGAGUGGUUUUCAACGUUUUAAGCGCCCGUUUUCUAGAGAGAGCCUUCUAAGUUAUAAAUUAAAUUCGCCGAUUCAGCGAGAGAUACUUCGAGAAGUCCUAAAGCCAUAUAGCAACCAAAAUGACCAAUCUGGAGAAGCAGCACGAAAUGGUUAGGCACAGUCUGGUGCAGUUCAUCAGUGGCCACAUUCCCGGUGCCGAUUUCAGUGUUGUAGACGAGAUCGUCCUGUCGUACAUAAUCUCAAUUCUGGAAGAAGCCUCGCAGGACCCCUGCUUUGAUGUGGAGGGCUUUGUAGAGAUGAUGGGCGCCUACUUCGAGGACUUCCCAACCAUCGACCAGGGCGUGAUCUGCGAGUGGAUCUACAAGCUGGCCAGCGAGCUUUCCGCUGUGGAAAAGAGCCAGGGCAGCCUGGACGCUGUCAACUUGUCGCUGAGCUCUCUGACCCUGUCAAGCAUCAUUCCGGAGUCCAAGCUGCGUGCCCGCAACUCUUCUACUUCCGAAAAGGACGAGUUGUCUUCGAACAGCAGCAGCAGCGGUGGUGGCGGCAGCAACAAGCGCUCGCAGCAUCUUUCGGAGACCAGUGAUGGAGGCUCCACCGACAGCUCCAGCUCGACAUGCGACUAUUUUCUGGAUGAGGCCGAGGUGUUGCAGGAAAUGUUCCCGGAUGCAGCUUAUGCUGAGAUCAAACACUGCAUCGCUAUAUCCAAGGGGGAUAUCGAUAGCGCCACUCAGAUUCUACUGCAUCGCCAGGAGACCAACCAGUGCAUUACCGAUAAGUCGCAUACUGGAUACAUCAAGAAGAAUGUGGUGGUCGACGAUAAUGAGCUUAAGAAUCGGAUUAUCGCCAGGUACUCUUAUGUGGACAAGAACGCCACCCAGCGCGAAUACAAGCCGGUGGUGCCAAAGAUGGAGCCGCGCAAGCUGGUCCGCUACCGGGACAACAAGAUAGUCUCGCUCAAGGGCGAGCGCUACACUGAGAUCAAGCGUGACGAAGAUGCUGAGUUAAAAAAACCCAAGAAGCAGAUUCAACCGUAACUAAAGAGGAACAAAACCCUCUUCAAGUAUUUUAUCAAGAAACAAAUUAAUCCACACCCAAGUAUCUUAUCCGCACCCAAGACACCGAUCUUCGCCAGCAGCAGCUGCAAAAGCCCCUCCAGUAACCGCAGCCGCAGCACUCAACCUCUUCUCGAGCACAUUUUAUGCAGUCAGAUGCAUAUCGCUGGGAUGAUCACCGCCAGGAGCCAUGUCACCAGCUAUCACAAGUCCAAACCAGUGAUCCCAGCCCAGCUUAGCCAACGUUUAGAUGCUUCCCAACACAACGACGAUGAUGAUGAUGAGGCAGAAGACCCCAGAGACAAAGACGACAAUGACGAUAAGCAGCCACCGAGCACAGCGAAACGGUUCCCCUAUCCGAGUGAGUACGGCCAGGAGUAUGUUGUGGCAUCGGCCGGUAUUUUGGUGGUAAUGUUGCUAGUUGGUCAUUGGCAUUGCUCCUCUCAUCACGCCCAUCAUGAGCCCCUUGACAAAGACAGAAAGACUUUACAUACCAAAUUAGUUGAUAGUUAUGCUUUAGGACUACUCACUUAUGCAAAUUUUCAGAGCCCGUCCGUCGCGACGGCUGCCUGCUUAUGAGUCCUGUUGUCAGGAGCAGGUGGCUCGGAUGGAUCCGGUCUAAAAUCCGGCACCGGGGCAGUUACCAGUCGUCGCUUAUGACGACUGGGGUCGCGCCUGCGCUGUGACGUCUCCUCAGUUCCUUACGCAAGCGAAUUCGAAUCGAACCGUAUCUGUGAAAAUCGUGAAUCUCAAACUCUUUAAUGCCCUCGAACAGUAUUGUUGCCCCUGAACCCUGAACCCAAGGAACAGCCGCAGGUGCGACACCAACCCGAAUUUGGCGCUCAAAUAGACUUAUUUAGACGUUUUUAGGUACUCGAAUUGAAUUGAAUUUUGUUGGCCGUGUGCGUGUUUCAGAAACGCAGCUGCACAAGAACCUUGCCAUAUCUGUUUAAGAUUUGUUAACCCAUUUUGUAUCGUAAAGCUAGAAACACACGAUGCAAACAAUUUGCAGCAAGUUGAUUGCUGCAUACAAAUUUGCACGUUUAAACACGAGUGAAAACAUUUUGCUGCAAACAAAAAACUUGCAAAGUUGUUUUGCAGCAAUAUUUGUUGCUU